AUGAUACCAAACAAUCCUGCUCCAACUCAAAAAACAAAAGUUAUGAAUCAAAAUCUUGUAGAAGUCUCUAACUCUAGACCGGUUGAGCAGGUGCCGGUUGUACGACAGCAAAUUAAUUUACGACCACCUCGAUUUCAGAUACCCUGUAAGUCUUAUACAUCAACAAGACCAAAUCAAUUACAACCUAUUGUUGAAACCUCAAGUACAGCUAUACAAUUUGAAAACUUUCCAUUCUUUAAGAUAUUACAACAAUUAUCAAAGCCUAUACAAUUCGAGACUGGGUCUUCCAAUAUGACUCAAAUAUUAAAUGUACCAGAUUAUAUUAAACAUUCUGUUUUUGAAUCAUGGAAUAUUGACAGACAAGAAUAUAAAAUUCAAAUAAUUUUAAUAUUACAACAAAUUGAAGUUAAUGAAAAUGUUAAUAAACGUUUACCUUAUAAUAUUACAGUUUCUGUAAAUGGACAUCAAUGUAGUUUACGGCAAAACAAUGAUCCUAUAGAUAUUACUCAACAAAUAAAUUUAACUUGUUUACCGCAUAGAUUAGAAAUUACAUGGUCAGAAGAACCACUCAAAUAUAUGGGUUGUGUUUGUAUGGCCCAAAAAUUGACUUGGAAGGAUCUGCUUGUAGAACUUGAAAAAAGACCCAAAUGUGCCUCUGAUAAAACUAAAGUACUUAUUAAAAAAUCAAUGGGAAAUGAUGACGAUAUGCUUGUAGAUUCCCUGGUUGUUUCUAUUAAGGAUCCACUAUCUAAAUUAAGAAUGAAACUUCCUGCUCGAGGUGUAGACUGUAUGCAUUUAGAGUGUUUUGAUGCAAUACAAUUCUUAAAGAUGAAUGAACAAAAGCAAACAUGGAAAUGCCCAUUAUGUAGAAACAAAAUUAAAUUUGAAAACAUUGUAAUAUGUGAAUAUUUUUUAAAGAUACUUCAAAGUAAAGAUCUAAUAGAAGAAUGUGAUAAUGUUUUUUUUUUCAAAGAUGGCACAUGGUCUGUGAGAAAAAAUAGAGAAUUUUCAAAAAUAUCUAGAAUAAAUGCCUGUAGAUCUACAAACAAUAUAGAAGAAUUUACAUUGUCAGAUUCUGAUGAUGAAGAUAGUAAUAGGAACCUAGAUAAUGUUGAUAAUGAUGAAAUUAUUCUAAAAACAAAACGUUUUAAAAAUAAUGGAAGUAGUACUGUAGAAACAAAUAAUAGACAUCAAGUAAAAGAUAAAUCAAAAACGGUUUUAUGUGUUAUAACAUUAGAUUGA